GGUCAGUAAAAAGAAACCCUAGCAAGGAUGCUGCUAUUUAUGAAACUAGCUCUUCUGCUGCUGGUCAGCCUUUGAAGUCGCCGUCUGUUCUUUUCAUCGCCCUCUUCGGAUCCGAUCUCCACUGCGCCAGAAAAUGAAGGUGAUCGCCGCUUAUUUGCUCGCUGUUUUGGGGGGGAACACCAGUCCGUCCUCUGCUGAUCUCAAGGGCAUACUUGGCUCUGUCGGAGUGGAGGUUGACGAUGACAGGAUUGAACUUCUUCUGUCCGAAGUCAAGGGUAAAGACAUAACAGAGUUGAUCGCCAGCGGUAGGGAAAAGUUGGCCUCUGUACCUUGUGGCGAUGGUGCUGCAGUUGCAAUGGCUGCCGCACCUGGUGGAGCUGCGGCUCCAGCGGCAGCCGAGCCAAAGAAGGAAGAAAAGGUCGAGGAGAAAGAAGAAUCCGAUGAUGACAUGGGCUUCAGUCUCUUUGAUUAAUUAGUGGUCCGUUCGACUUCUUUUCUUCGAGACAUCCUUCCAGAGAUCCUAAUUUGCUUAAAUUUUGAUAUAGAAUCAUUCAGAUCCGUUAUCUUUGUAGUGAAAGAAUUUAGCGUGCAAGCCCUUAUGUGAAAUCGUAAUUUGUUUUAGACAUGAAGGAUGGCUAUUUCUUCUUGUA